AUGCCCUCUAACGUCACGGAGAAGAGACUUGAGGAAGGUCUCAACAAGGGCGUCAUCAAGAUGGGCUGGGUGAAAGGAGUCUUCAUGAAAUGCCUCCUUAAUAUCUGGGGAGUCAUGCUGUUUCUGCGUCUGUCAUGGGUGAUGGGGCAAACAGGGAUCGGCCAGGGUAUCCUCCUCAUCUCCUCCUGUAACAUUGUCACCCUCCUCACCAGCAUUUCCAUGUCUGCAGUCACCACCAACGGACAGAUCAAAGGAGGUUCCAUAUCCAUUCUUCAUAUAUUCCUCAUUCGCUAUAAAACAUUAGAAUCUCGGUUGAGACAUCUUGCAAAACUCCGUGGGAUCUACUACAUGAUCUCGAGAUCUUUGGGACCCGAGUUCGGCGGGGCCAUCGGACUCAUGUUCACUAUCGCCAACAGCAUCGCAUGCGCCAUGUAUGUCAUCGGGUUCUGCGACUCUCUGAAGGCUCUGCUAGCCAACGAAUUCUCCACCAGCCUGAUCGAUGGAGAAGACAACUACACUAGAGUGGUUGGCUGCGCUGCUAUCGUCGUCAUCCUCGCUAUUGUCAUCGUUGGAAUCGACUGGGUCUCUCGGGUCAGUCCUCUCUCAACUCUAUUCCUCUUCAAAGAGAAUAUGGACUAA